AUGGAAGUAGUCGAUCAGUCAGACGGAUGUGGAGCAAAGUUCUUAAUAACUGUGGUAUCAGACGCUUUUAAUGGGAAACGAGUGCUGGAAUGCCAUAGACUUGUACAAGAUGCCAUUGCUGACAUUAUGCCAGAAAUCCAUGCAGUCACUAUAAACGCAUAUACUCAAAGUAAAUGGGAGAGUGCUCAAAAAGCAGCAACAUGA